CGCAAAGGUCUUCUAAGAAAGUCAGUUUAGCAUGCUGACCGAGAGUGGAGAUCAAGAUCCACAUGUAAGUCAGGAAACAAACCCGAACCCUGUCAAGCGCACUAGCCGGAAUUUAAGCGAAAAGAAGAGAAGAGAUCGUUUCAACAUUCUCGUCCAGGAACUUGCCGGGAUUGUUUCUCCAGCAGAUUGUCGGAAACUAGACAAAACAGCUGUGCUCGAGCUUGCUAUUAACUUUUUACGGAAACAUCAGUCAAAAGUACAGUCUCAUCCACGAAAUGGCAGUGGAAAUGCGGCGAGUUGGCAGCCAUCGUUUGCCACAGACACAGAGUUCAACUUGAUUGUCACAGAAGCUUUAGACUCUUGUAUAUUUGCGGUCGAAAAUAGCGGCAAUAUAUUAUAUGCAUCUGACAGUGUUUUGCCUCUGUUAGGACAUCUUUCGUACGAACUAAGUGGAACGAGUUUAUUUGGUUAUGUUCACGAAGAUGAUACUUUGAGAUUUUGGACGAAGCUUGCCUUUGUCUACAGUGGCACUGACGCAGAAGCAGCCGGCGGUAGUAACAAUUUCUUUAUUCGCUUUAAAUGUGGACGUUUUUGUACGCAAAACACUUUUAAAACACUGGAAUGUAAAUUUGCAUGCAUUCGUCGGCAAAAAGAAAACGAAGCACCAACAUGUGUUGUUAUUCUUGGAAAGAUCGAACAACCUCAACCGAACAGAAUCGUCAUGACGUCGGACUGUACUGAGAAGGAAUUUUCGUAUCGUCUAACUAUGGAUUGGAAGUAUGUGUUCAUCGAUCACAGGGCGUCUUCUGUUAUAGGAUUUCUUCCGUUUGAGGUUCUGGGUACUUCUGUAUAUGAGUACUGUGGACCUGAAGAUAUCUUCAAUAUUUCUCAGUAUCACAAGUUUCUUCUCCGUCUCGGGAAGGUUACCACUUGUUACUAUCAACAUAGGACAAAAGGACAGUCUUGGGUAUGGUUGCGAAGCUCUUGUUAUGUCUCUUACAAUCAGUGGAACUCAAAACCGGAAUCAAUUGAUUGCACAGCCACAGUUGUGAACUUUGACGAGGUUUGUUUGAAUCAGACUGACACAAUACGACGCGAUAGAGAACACUUUAAAAGAAUUCUCGAAAGACACGGGGAUGAUUCUGUCGGUUCCCUCAACCCUUGGCCGUCGUCUUGGCUUUACGGUAAUGAAGAAGUUGAGCUACGUGAUGGAGGCAAUGAAUGCGAGCAGAAAGACAAAAAUGAAUCGGGCUUCUCCUCACAAUUUCUAACUCGAUUUCUCAAAUUACCUAGUGACAGAUUGAUGAAUACUUUAGACAAUCAAAGUAUCGGCGAUGUGGAAAUGGAAUCAGACGAAGAGCCAAAUGAACACCUUGUUUGGCUUGAAAGUGUGAAAAUUCCUCCUGGAUUAUCUAGUGUGCAAAUUGCAAUGCAUAUGAAACUUCAAGAGGAGUAUAAGAAAAUUGCCCAGCAAAUUAGACAGCAGGAAAAACAAUUGAAGACAAUUAGGAAGCUUAUUGAAUGGAGCCGAUUACUUUUGGAAUUAGAUAGGAGUUUUGGAACUUUUGAAGUAGAGGAGUCAUCAGUAGACUCUGAAGAUGUGUUGUCUGUUACUUAAAAGUCAUGAAUAUAUUUGGCUGAGUUAAUUGUCACAAGGUCGGGACAUUAGGACUGAUGAGUCACUGCAGCAAACUGCUUCAUGUGUUUCUUUCAAAGGAAGCUUUUCAGUAUGUUUAAAUUCAUGGCAAAACAUACUGAAAGGUUGCUGUGACCUUUCUCUGUGCUUUGUUGCUGUGUUGUGUUACUGUGUAUUUUGUCAGAACUUGUCACCCACAGUGUUACAACCAUAACAUUUGGAUUAACUUGUCAUUGUUUGUAGGUCUGCCUACGAGAAACAUUUUUAAAGUCUUGUAUUAUGAUGAUUUGCUCUUAAAUUCUCACUUUUCUAUUUGCCUACAGCCCAGAUGGACAGGUUGAGUUUCAAUUUAAUGGCCUUUUUGAUCAUGUUACACACACCUCAGCUGAAGCUGUUGGUUUUCACUAGUUUAACCUUUUAAUUUAAAACUUCAAUGUGCAUCUCUCUUCUAGCUGCCAUAUGUUUCCUUCUGAAUAAGUUUAGAGAAUUUGGUGUUUUAUCAAGUUGUCAUGCUCUAGCUGAAAUGUAUGAUCAUUCUCAGUGUAUGUUUGCUCAGCUGGAUGGUGUCUUAAUAUUAUGGGAAGGGGGACUUUGUUGAUGAAUCACUUCUGAAAGUUAAAGGGAUGACUGCUCACCCAUCUUUCCUUCAAAUUUUUUUCCAGUCUUGAAAGGAUACUUUAAAAUAUAAGAUGAUACAUCUUUAA